AUGGCCCAAACUGAACUUACUCUCAAAGUUGUCGUUAUUGGUGAUUCAUCAGUUGGAAAGACAUGCGUUUCACUCCGUUACUUAACAGGCGAAUUCUCCAGCCAGACAAGACCGACAAUUGCUGCUGGUUUUUGCAAUGCCAAAGUUAAACUCGGCAAAACAGAUAUAGAUCUCCUUAUCUGGGAUACAGCAGGUCAGGAAGCUUAUCGUGGCCUUACAUCUCAAUACUAUCGUGACGCUAAGGUCGCUUUAAUCGUUUUCGAUUUAACCAACCCAGCUACACUCAAUUCCGUUACAGAAUGGCAUCAGCGCUUAACUGAUGCUAACCGCGAGUCAGUUGUUUGCGUUCUCGUCGGUAACAAAUCUGAUCUUCCAAAUCGUCAAGUUUCCCAGGAGCAAGGCGAAGCCGUUGCUAACGAAAUUAAGGCACUUUAUAGAGAAACAUCUGCCUUUACAGGUAAGGGUAUUAGCGAAGUCUUUGAAGACGUUUGUGAAGAAUAUUUGAAGCUUCACCCAACACAGCCAACACCAAAUGUUAAGCCAACUGUAGACGUAACAAGACAGUCUGGCGGAAAGCAAGGUGGCUGCUGCUAA